UCAUAUGUAGCCGCGAGCUUCACGCAGCGCUCAUCUCCUCCGUGGCAUCCUUGUUUCUUCUCAAAUGUGCGACUUACACCGUCGGCAGAAACAGAGGAUGUUGAGGCCUAAUUCAUGUUAACUGCACACGUUAAUAUGAGGAUGAAGAGAUAAAAUAACGACUUGUUGAAGUCCCAGUUAAGUUAAAUGAAAGUGGAGUGACAAUGUUUGCUGUUGACUGAAGUCCACUCCAAGAACCAAAAUGAAGAGGAGGCUGCUUCGUGGUUUCCUGUCGGAAAUUUCCAUCCGGAUGGCGCUGUUGAUCGUGUUCCUUGUCACGGAGCAGCUUCCUCCUUUCUACCGUGAGAUCCAGCCAGAGGAGAUGUGGUUGUAUAAAUUCCAUCGUGUGGAGAGAGACCAUGUACCCACUUCUCUUAUGUUUAGUGUAGCAGUUUUCACCCCGCUGAUUGUUAUCCUGGUUUUCACCUUCCUGAUGAAGUCAGAACGAGGCGAUCUAAAAGAAGCCUCGCUGGCUGUGACUUUGACUCUGGUGCUGAACGGAGUUUUCACCAACGUCAUCAAACUUGUUGUUGGCAGGCCACGACCAGACUUCUUCUAUCGCUGUUUCCCAGACGGGCAGAUGAACCUGGAUUUGCGCUGCAGCGGUGACCCAGAUGUAGUCAUGGAGGGCAGGAAGAGCUUUCCCAGCGGGCACUCUUCCUUUGCCUUUGCAGGUUUGGGUUUCACAGCGCUAUACAUCGCAGGAAAGCUGUGCUGCUUCAAUGCAGCAGGCCAAGGCAGAGCGUGGCGGCUGUGUGCCUUUCUCACACCUUUACUUAUUGCGACUGUGAUCGCCCUCUCCAGAACCUGCGACUACAAACACCACUGGCAAGAUGUAUUGGUGGGUUCUCUGCUGGGCCUCUCCUUUGCCUGGUUGUGUUACAGACAACACUACCCUCCUCUUCAGGACGCUGAGUGCCACAGACCUCUGCGUCACAGAGAGACUGUUCCCGCCGCACAGGAGCGCAAACUUGCCAACUCCAACUACAUCCUGCCCCUGUAGAACAGCUAUCUGUUCUGUUACUGGUGUCAUUCAUACUGGGUUACAUGGUAAUCCUUCUAAUUCCAAUUUUCACACCCAUAGGGCUGGGCAGUCAAUAUUUAUUGUUUAUCGUCAAUCGUUUUAACUGUAUUGUGGGAUUUUUUUUUUUUUUGUAUGGUGACACAUGGUGUAUUUUCUAAACUAAAAAAAGACUAAUGCCACAUUUCUUCUGAAUGGUUUCUCAAACACUUGAGAGUUGCUGUAAAUAACAACUCCAGUUUAACAACUACAUAAACAACUUCCAAACCUAAACCGACAUCAUUACAUAUAAAAGUUAUCAACAUUGAAGGGCCUGGUGGAUACGAUGACUUUUAUUAUUUUCCAUAAGGCCCAGCCCUUCACACGCUGUGUAUCGUGCCUAUAGAUUACAUAACUUAAAAUACGCACAACAGCUGAGCAGGUCAACUACACAAGCACUGCACUAAUGGUCCACUGCCCAUCAACCACUGGCUCAGCUGCUGUGUGGAAGUUUCUCAUGUUGGAACACUUUUUGGGGAUUGUUUUGUAAACUUACAACUUUUUCAACAAGCAGGGUUGAGGUUCUUGCACGGAUGUUCAUUCUUGACUUUUGGGAAAACAAUAUAUGGUAAAGAGAAUCAGAGCUCAACCUUAUGCCGAAACGAUUAUGUGGUUAAUUGACAACACUUUUGAUAAUUGACUAAUUUUUUGGUUGUUAAACCCCUGGGUUUUUGCAGCUUCUUAAAUGUGAAGAUUUGCUGCUUUUUGACAUUGUGAAUUUAAUAUAUAAGGGUUGGACUAGUUGGUAAAACAAAACAAGCAGUUUGAAGUUUUGACAUUUAUCAGACUAAAUCAUUGACUAAUCAAUUAAUAUAAAAGAAUAAUUAAGAUAUUAGAUAACUAAAAUAAUCAUUAUUUUUAGCUCAAGCACAAAAGGGUCCUUUUUAUUAAUGACUGAGAGCUUUCAACUGCAUCUCGAAGUCUUCUUCUGCAAAUGGAGCUGGUUCAGGUGUAAUCACGAGACCUGAAUGUGAAACAACAGCAGACUGAAUGAACACUUUAAGGAGAUACACGGGUUAAAAUCUCUCCUCCGUACACGACCACUUGUUAUCAUGACAUGUACCCAAGUGUUUAAAUCAUUUGAUCACUUGAGCCGGCUCCACUCGAAGACUGAGAUAAUUUUGACAGUUCCAAAUAAUUAGCAAGUGGACCUUUGAGCUUAGAUCAUCUGCACCAUAUUGUAUUUGAUUUGACAGCGACAAACUGGUGAAGUAAGAGGUGUUAAUGUGGGCUGUUUGUAUCUAAAAGUAGGGGUGGGUGAUACGGAUACAAUCCUCUAUCAGUAUAUGUCAGUUUACAUCAUUAUAUCAAUACUUUAAUAUCUGAAUAAAAGGCUCAGAAAUGUCCUAAACCAACUGGGCACUGUAGUUUUUAGUAAACAUUACUCAUCCAGGAGUAAAUAGUGUAUUUGUUGGGGACUAGUUUCAGCUGUGGAUUAAUACACAUUUAGUGGCCAAGUUGCUUUGGGACGAUGAAAAAGAUAUAUCAGGCUUUGUUUACAAACAACACUUGUUAGUAGGAUCAAUUCAUUGUUGGUUUUGGUUUUUGAUUUGUCGAAAAACAAAAAAAAAAAGUACGGAAUAUCACCAGACUUUAGGAUAAAAAUCUCUAACAUUUGACAAAAUUGAUAUCGUCCCACAGUACAUAUGGCCCACCCCGCUCUGAAAGCACCUUUAUGUGUAAAGCAGGUUAAUCUAAACCACUUGGUCAGCUUUAUAUCUUCAAUCUAUCUCCACAUUGCUCCACUGUUUAUGAGUGCUUUAAAUCGUUCUGUAUUCCUAUAUUAUAUUUAGAAUGUUUCCAUUCACAGAUUGUUUGAUUAACAUCUGGAAAGGGUUCAUAUGCCCAGUCCUUAGUAUAACGCACUGAUGUAGCAGCUCCACUCAUCUCUUCUCACAGUUUUUGCAGUGCUUGCUGUACUUUCUUUGUGACAAACACACAUGAUAUAAUCACAUCUUUGCUCUAACUGGACAGCACAUAUGUUAAUAUAGUUAAUAUGACUGUAAAAGAAGGUUUUCCUGCACAAGUGGUCUCAGGCUGACUGCAGGUCUGGUUCUCGUAACUCUUCCUGCUCCUCUGCCAACACAUCUGAAGUGUGAAUGUUCACCAGAAGUGUACAGGAGUUAGUUGUUGGAGUGACAGUGACACCAGAUCUUUCUGAUGAACCUGAGUGAGGUCAGAUUGUAACCUCUUCAGGUGAUGGUGCUAGCCUCCCUGUGCUCCUGCUGGUGAGGUUUUCUAUCCUGUUAAUUGUUUUAUUGGCACGUAAAGGUUUUUGUUUUCUGGAAGUUUUCAUCAACUUCAACUUUAGUCAGUAAAAGUCUGUGAUUCAGUUAUGAUUUUACAACUUUUUUUGUGGUCUUUCCGUUUAAUUUUUUUUUCUGUUUUAUCUUUCCGUUGGGUUUGUAAGAUUGGUUUUCAAUUGGAAAAAACAUCACAAUGUUACAUAGACAUGACAUGUCUGAGAAACAACCAAACCUCUUUAUGUUUCUGUUUGUGUGUGCAAUCAGCCAAAGUUUUGCAGGGUCAAAGCACACACGUCGCUGUGAAUCAAGCAGCUGGAUCACAGUGGUUUCAGACCAAACUUGGCAGAGAAAAACAGAUGAAUUUGUGCCUUUGUUUACUACAUUACUUUGUUACUCUUAGUUAAAGAAUUAAUUAUAUACUGCAUGUGCUCCCUGUCACGUACACAACUUUGUUCUGAAUCUUUUUGUGUAUAGGAGUCAGUUGGGAAUAUACAACAUGGUGUUUAAAUGUGGCAUGCUGCCUUUCUUUACCUCAGAAAAAAAAAAAAAAUUUCUUUCCAUAAAUGUUAUUGUUGAUAGAGUCAAAUGUGAACAUUUCUGGGUGAGUAGCUAAGCGGAGGAAAAACUUAACUUUUUACAAAACUUAGACACAAAUAAUAUCUUACGUUACUUGGUCAAUCUUAUAGUUAUUAUGAUAUGAUGUAUAGGUCUAAGUGUAUUUAAUUUUGGGGCAUGUAGGAGUUUACUUGAAUUUUAAAUAUUUGUUUGUUUACCUUAAAUGUGAUCAUGUUAUUUCAUGAAAAUAGGAAUCAUAUUUGUGGGCACGUGGCUUUCUGGGGGAUCUUUAGACAAAAAAAUGUAUUAGACUUUGCUGCAUUUUGAUAAAAUCCUGCAUGUUUCACAGCUACAUGUAAAUAGCAACACAUUUACUUCAUUACUUCCUUCCAAGUCCCAUCAAUCUCCAAUCCAAUCCAUUUCCAUCUGUUUCUAUUAAUUUAUGUGAUUUUCAGUACAUGAAUACUGUAUCAGGUUGUGGAUUAUGUCUGUUUUUUUUCAGAUCUUCUGUCAUUACAAGGGAUGAUACUAAAACUUGCCUGUUUGCUUUAUUUAUGUCAUGCUUAUCAUAAUUUGCCUUGGCUUGUAUAGCAGCCACUUUUGCUGAUAUCCUGAUUGUACAUGUUGUGAUGCUUUUAACAACUCUUUUGGUGACAUUAAAUGAUGUUUCUAAAUAAUCUUGCAAUACACACUGUCCUUUGCUUAUUUUC